AUGAGCGUCGACCCGGCCACCGACUUCAUCGGAAAGCACUUCCACGCCACGACGUCCCUCAAGAUGGACCUGUCGGGCUCGCUGUCCAUCGUGCUCGGCCAGUUCGUGCCGUUCCUCCAGGAGCCCGUGCGGCAGCUCAUGCUGCGCGUGCCAGGCUCGGCCGACCGGCGGUUGGAGGAGACCAACUCGGCCAUGAGCGGCCUUCUUGAUGAGAUCGUGGCCGAGCGGGCGGCGCAGGCGGACAGGGGCCAGAAGAACUUCCUGUCCGUGUUGCUCAACGCCAGCGAGAGCACGGAGGCCAUGAGGAAGCUACUAACGCCGGACUACGUGAGCGCACUCACGUACGAGCACCUGCUCGCCGGGUCUGUCACCAUGUCGUUCACGCUGUCCAGCCUGGUCUACCUCGUGGCGAUGCAUCCGGAGGUGGAGGAGAAGCUGCUUCGGGAGAUCGACGCUUUUGGGCCCAAGGACGUGGUGCCCAGCUCCGACGAGCUUCAGACAAAGUUUCCCUACGUUGAACAGGUUGUGAAGGAAACUAUGAGAUUCUACACUGCAUCUCCACUGGUUGCAAGGGAAGCAUCCGAGGAUGUUGAGGUUGGAGGGUACCUCCUGCCCAAGGGCACAUGGGUGUGGCUGACGCCCGGCGUGCUGGCGAAAGAUCCGAAGGACUUUCCAGACCCGGACGUGUUCCGGCCGGAGCGUUUCGACCCGGAGAGUGAGGAGUGCAAGCGAAGGCACCCCUACGCGUUCAUCCCCUUCGGCAUCGGCCCCCGGGCAUGCAUCGGCCAGAAGUUUGCCAUGCAGCAGCUGAAGCUAGUCGUCAUCCACCUCUACCGCAAAUACGUCUUCAGGCACUCGCCCAGGAUGGAGUUUCCCCUGCAGUUCCAGUACUCCAUUUUGGUCAACUUCAAGUAUGGUGUCAAGGUCCAGUUCAUCGAGAGGAAGAACUGA